AUGGGAAGCGCCCUGGAGACGCUCUGCGGGCAAGCCUACGGGGCAGGACAGCUGGACAUGCUAGGAGUCUACCUGCAGCGCUCCUGGGUCAUCCUCCUGGCCACGUCACUCCUCCUCAGCCUGCUCUACGUCUUCGCGGGCCCAUUCCUCCUCCUGAUCGGGCAAGAGGCGUCACUCUCAGCCGCCGCGGGGGUCUUCACCAUCUGGAUGCUCCCGCAGCUGUUCGCCUUCGCGUUCAACUUCCCGAUGGUGAAGUUCCUGCAGGCGCAGAGCAAGAUGGCGGCGAUCGCGGCGAUUGCGGCGGCGGCGCUGGUCCUCCACGUGGCGCUCAGCUGGGUGCUGACGGUGGAGGUCGGGAUGGGCGUGGCGGGGCUGGCGGUGGCGCUGAACGUGUCGUGGUGGUUCAUCGACGUGGCGCAGUUCGCGUACGUGGUGAGCGGGAGGUGCGGGAGGGCGUGGAGCGGGUUCACGUGGAAGGCGUUCACCAAUCUCUGGGGGUUCGUGAAGCUGUCGCUUGCGUCCGCUGUUAUGAUUUGCUUAGAGGUUUGGUACUUCAUGGUGUUGAUAUUGUUUGCGGGCUAUCUCAAGGACGCUGAAGUUGCUGUGGAUGCUUUGUCCAUCUGCGUCAGAAUUUCCAACGAACUAGGAGCAGCUCAUCCGAGAACAGCAAAGUUGGCGCUUGUGGUCGCAGUGAUAUCCUCAUUCAUGGUCGGCAUUGCGCUUGCACUCCUUCUCAUCCUUACCAGAGACCAUUACCCUGCUCUCUUCUCCAACGAUCUAGCAGUGCAGCGAGUCGUCACCAAAAUGACUCCUUUGCUGGCUCUCUGCAUCGUUCUCAACAACGUUCAACCUGUUCUCUCAGGUGUGGCGGUCGGGGCUGGAUGGCAAGCAGUUGUGGCAUACGUGAACAUUGCUAGUUACUAUUUGUUUGGAAUUCCAUUGGGACUGAUUUUGGGCUACAAAUCUGAUAUGGGUAUCACAGGUAUUUGGUUAGGGAUGAUGGCCGGAACGGCGGUGCAAACUCUUGUGCUUUACUGGAUUAUCUAUAAAACUAAUUGGAAUGAAGAGGCUUCUAAUGCCGGAGAUCAAAUAAGGAAAUGGGGAGGCGGCAAUUCUCACAACGAGACUACUAACGAUGUGGUUAUUGUUAAUUAA